AUGGACCUCCUGGAGCCGAUGAGGGGGGAGAACAGCACCUCGGUGACUAAAUUCAUCCUCCUUGGUCUCUCCAGCAACCUGCAGGAGCAACUCAUCCUCUUUGGGGUCUUCACAGCCAUCUACAUGGUGGCCCUGAUGGACAACGUGCUCAUCUUACCACUGAUCAGUCUGGACUCCAGGCUCCACACACUCAUGUAUUUCCUCCUGGGCAACCUUUCAGUGGUGGACAUUGGCUACAUCAGCUCCACCAUGCCCAAGAUGUUGGCCAAUUACCUGUUGCAGGACAAGUCCAUCUCAUGGGCUUUCUGCCUCACUCAGAUGUUCUUCUUCAUCUCCUUCGGGGGGAUCGAGUGCCUGCUGCUGGGGGUCAUGGCCUAUGACCGCUACGUUGUCAUCUGUCAUCCUCUGCACUAUGGCACAGUGAUGAACAGCAGAGCUUGUGUCCAAAUGGCAGCAAGUGCCUGGAUCAAUGGUAGUCUCAAUUCUUCACUGCACACUGGGAACACGUUUGCAUUAACCUUCUGUGGAGGCAACAUGGUGGAUCAGUUCUUCUGUGAAAUCCCCAAGCUACUAAAGCUCGCCUGCUCUGACUCAUACCUCAGUGAAGUUCAGGUUCUCACCUUUAGUGCAUGCUUAGGCUUAAGCUGCUUUAUUUUAAUAACUUUUUCUUAUGUUCAGAUCUUCAAAACAGUGCUGAGAAUCCCCUCUGAGCAGGGUUGCCAUAAAGCCUUCUCCACCUGUCUUCCUCACCUCAUUGUGGUCUCUUUAUUUAGGAGCUGUGUGGAGCUGGCGUUGAGCAUCGCUGGCACUAAAGGACCAAUGCUGCGGGAAGAAGAAAAAAACAGAAGCCUGGGUAUGUUAUAUUCUGCAGUGUCCCCAGUAAUAAAUCUGCUCAUUUAUAAUCUGAGAAACAAGGAAAUAAAAGAAGCUUUGAACAAAAUUUUAGAUAAGAUAGUUUUCAGCAAGAGAAGAUUUUCUUCUUAA